AUGUCUUUUGUUAAUACAUGGCAAAAUAUAAGGACCUUGCUCAAACAUUUCCUGCCAGUCGUCGGUAAGGCAGGAUUUCUACUAAAAAAAAUCUGCCGGUUCAGUACAGAAAAGCACAUCAUGAGCGAACAACAAAGUGAAAAUGUUCAGGAAGAAGCGAGUGAACAUGAAAAUCCAGAAAAAGAUGAACAAGCUGGUCCGUCAGCUUUGGAUGUCCAGCUCGAGGAGAUGGCGAGCGAAUACGGUGCUUACUUGUCCGUCGACAUGGACAGCGAGCUGAAAGGCGUCUUUGAAUCUGUAGAAGAAAUGCAACUGAGGCUAGAGGAGUUCAACUCCAUGCUUGAAAUGUUACAAGCCAACAGCAGCAAAUCGAUAUCGGAAAACGUGCCGCGUUUACUUGAUCUGAAGCCGCAUCUUGAUAACUUUUGCAAGCGGGUCGACGUCCUCGAGGACUUCGUGUCAAGGGCAAAAGCCGACAUGGCGAACCUCGAGAACCACUGUGAGGCCGCCGAGGCGAAUCUCGGCACGUCUGAUAAACUGUCUAUGCUGAACCCCUUGACUUAUUUCAAAAAAUCACCAGAGCCGUCAACAAGUGCAGUUCCAGAAGUGGCUCUGCAACCAAUCAACAUAUUUAAAACGGAAGAUUAUUUCCUUGCGGAGGAAGAAAAAUAGUUUUUUUUUUUCGUACCAUUACAUUGUUAGAAUUAAGUUUUUUAAUAUAUUGU